AUGGAGCCGACUUUUACGACUGUGAUACACCAAAGGACGCAAUGGAAGAGGAUAUGUCGAACAGAAGCCGUCACAGGGGCGGCGUCCAGAACGUUUCGCCGCACCCUUAAAUUUUUCUUGCAUGAUUUUAAACCUAGUAUUACGUGUCUACUUGAGCCAAGAGUCUCUGGAGACCAUGCCAAUGAGAUUUGCUUUGAUCUUGGUUUUGAUCAAUGGCUAAGAGUUGAAGCCUUUGGCUUUUCAGGUAGGAUUUGGGUCUUUUGGAAGAACGAGAUUCAAGUCGGGACCUCUAUGACCCAUCCCCAAUUUUUUCUCUUGAAGGUUACAGAGGAUAAUUCACAACCGUGGAAUCUAUCCUUCGUGUAUGGUAGCCCCGAUCAUGCCCUUAGAAGACACCUCUUUGAGGACUUGUCUCAGGAGGACCUAAAUAUUCAAGGACCUUGGUUAUCAGUAGGAGAUUAUAACUCAGUACUCUCUAUAGAUGAAGUCUCUAAUAGUACUAAUUUUUCGUCUUCCCGGUGUGCAGGCUUUAGGAAAUGGAUCUUUGAUGAGGGAUUAAUUGACCUCGGCUUUGAGGGCUCCCAGUUCACAUGGUGUAGAGGCCUAAGCUCAACUUCAUUUAAAGAAUCUAGGCUUGACCGUGCUUUGUGCAAUUUGGAUUGGAGAAUGCGCUUCCCGGAUGCAAGUGUACUACAUUUGCCCAUAGUCAGCUCUGACCACGCCCCUCUCCUCAUAAGAACCAUGGAGAUGCAGAACUUCACUGGGCCGAGAAGCUUUAAGUAUAAUGCAGCUUGGUUUUUACACCCUAAUUUCUCAAACAUCAUCAAGAACAACUGGAAUGCCGAGUAUGACUUGGAACAUACCAAGAAGGAGCUAGCAAGUAAACUGCAGAACUGGAAUCGCAACUCGUUCGGGAACAUAUUCCAAAGAAAACGAAGAGUCCUAGCUAGGAUUAAUGGGGUUCAAAGGGCUCUCGAAAUUCAUCCAAGGACAGACCUAAUCAGAUUGAGUAACAAACUGCAAAUGGAAUUAGAGGAGAUCCUGAACCAAGAAGAGCUCUACUAG